AUGGUGAACUGGCUCAGUCUCGCCGUGCCUUUGGCCUACUUGGGUCACACCUCCAACGUGAUAUUUAUUUCUCACUCCUCCACCUCGACCCCUCCUCCGAAUCCGAGAAAAAGACCCCCCAAUGUCCCCGAGUCCGUUCAGAAGGCUGCGCUCCUGCGCCGCGCGACGGAGGAUAUCCGCCGCGUCAUGACUCUGCGUAACCAGAAGCAAGCUCUCUCGGUACUUCUCCAGCGCGGCAGUGUCGGCGAUGACCUGUGGCAGCGAUUCAUGCGGGCUGAGAAGGAGAUGGAGGAGGAGGUGCGCGAUGUUGUUUCCGAGGCAAACGCCUACACUCCCAACUGGGGCCAGACAAUCUUCCAAUCCGCCAACGAAAUGAUGAACAACGAAAUCUACCGCCAAAGAAUCAAGGAGCAUGAGGAAAAGCUCGAUGAGGAGCGCGUUUGGUGGGAGAAGAAGCGCACCAGCGUGAAGGAGAGCUUCAUGAAGGAACUGAAUGAGGAUGAGACUCUGUCACCACAGACCCAGACCCCCGCCGCUAAGACUUCUGAGACCGCCACGCCCGCGAAAGCGGCAGCUUCGGUACAGGGUAGUGAUGAUGAUGCAGUAUUGGUUGAGGCAGAUCCGUCGAGUAACCAGGCUUCGCCGAGUGGUGGGAAGAAGAAGAAGGGCAAGGGCAAGAAAUAA